AAUGGAGAAAAGAAUUUCGCUUGUUAUGAUUUCAGACAAAGAUGCCAUUAAAAAAAUUUUGACCACCGAAUUUCCAAAAAGCAUAAUUUACGAACAUUUAAGAAUGUAUGAAGAAUAUGAAACGUUAUUUUCUUCCACUGAUAAAACUUUUCAUAAACAACGUCGUCGAAUGAUUUCACCAGCGUUCUCCAUAAAAUACAUUGCAUCGUUAGAAAAAUUGGUGUUAACUUGUAUAAAAGAUUUGGUUUAUAAUAUCGAUGAAAAGUUAAAAAAUCAAGGUGCUAUUUUGAAUAUUGUUAAUCUUAUUCAGAUUUGUGCAGUGGCAAGGUGGUGGAUGCUCGAUGUCGAAAUCUUACGGCGUCAUGG